AUGUCUCAGCUUAAGACUACUGCAACACCUCUGAUCCUCCUCCUGGCUGUGGCUUCCACUCUCGGCGAGAUGGAGCCGUCGGAGGAGGAGGCCCGGAUCAUAGGCGGACAAUUUGCAGCCCCAGGACAAUUUCCGCAUCAGGUUUCCUUGCAGUUAAAGGGUCGCCAUCACUGCGGUGGCUCCUUGAUCUCCGAGACAAUGAUCGUGACGGCUGCCCACUGCACCAGAGGUCAGAGUCCCAGCCAGAUGAUGGCCAUUGUGGGCACCAACGAUCUGAGCGCUGGCAAUGGCCAGACCUUCAGCAUUGCCCAGUUUAUCAUCCAUCCGCAGUACAAUCCGCAGAGCCAGGACUUUGACAUGUCGCUGAUUAGGCUGAGCAGCCCCGUGCCAAUGGGAGGAUCUGUGAAGACUAUCCAGCUGGCCGAGUCCGAUGCCAACUAUGCUGCUGAUACUAUGGCCACGAUCAGUGGCUUCGGAGCCAUUAACCAGAACCUGCAGCUGCCUAACCGCCUCAAGUUUGCCCAGGUGCAGUUGUGGAGUCGCGACUUUUGCAACUCCCAGAAUAUUCCCGGGCUCACAGACCGCAUGGUCUGCGCCGGACAUCCCAGUGGCCAGGUCAGCUCCUGCCAGGGUGAUUCAGGUGGUCCUCUAACCGUCGACGGCAAGCUCUUUGGCGUUGUGUCCUGGGGAUUCGGUUGCGGCGCCAAGGGACGUCCCGCCAUGUACACCUAUGUGGGAGCCCUGCGAUCCUGGAUCAAGCAGAAUGCCAAUGUUUAA